AUGCGUCUAACGUCGCUCAGUAAUGCUGCAAGGGGGCACUCGCUUUGCCUCCGCAGUCUCCCUUUCCGUGCCUGGGCUGGGAGUGCGGCGCGGCGGGGGCGGCGGAGGGGGACGUUGACGGCGGCGCGCCUCUUUUGCCCCGCACUCGCGUGCAGCCGUCGCGCGUACAAGACGGCGAUGCCCACCGCGUCCCCGACGGCGGCUCCCGCCAUCGCGGACGAGAAGACGGCAGACCAACAGCCCGCCCAAGACGUUUGCCUCGUGAGGACGCUGGACGUAUUUGCCAAGUCGCGCAUACUGAACUAUUUGAGCCGCCACCUCCCUGCGGAGCAGGACAACGCACGGAGGGCGUCUCCGUUUUUAAUCACAAAAACGCCAGACAAGGCACUUUAUCAGGCGGAGAUGUUGCUGCCAGUAGAGGCGUUGCUCUCCGGCGCCAUGCAACGCACCAACCUGCGGACUGUGGGGUAUGCCCAAAAAGAGAAGGACGCCGUGGUUGCCGCCUGCGUGCAUGCUGAGCGCUGCCUGGACGCGUUGGGGAUCCCGCUCUUUACCUCCGAUCGACUGCAGCGCAAGCGGGCCGAGGAGGCAAAACGUGAUGGCCGCUACGCCCCAAUGCCGGGUGACCCUGUGCGGGAGGUGCGCCUCUCUGAACUUCCGUUCCCUGUCUGGUUCAAGGCGGAGGCCGGCGGGGACGCGAGGACAAGCGCGGAUGCGGGGCGUGCGUCGGCGCAGCGGGCCCCGGGGGUCUGCUGCUACCCGGCGCUGCGCAGCUACCAACCGAACUACCAUACCACGCAACGACGAUACAAUGACUUCUCACGCCGCUGUGGCGGCGAUCCCUUUUUGCGCGGGGUGGCCGGGGAACUCGCGUACCUGCAGGCCCGCAUCUUUCGGCACAACACGCAGCUGUCAGGGAUGGACGACGGGGAUGAGGAGGGCGCGCCCAUUACCAUUGACCCGGCGGAGGUGGAGCUCUUGCAGCCGAGCCCUGCCUUGCCAGACCCCGUCCUCAGAUCCGACGCGGCACCCUUUUCCAAUUGUCCGGCGAUGCGCCUGGCGGUGGUGAACUCCCGCCCGUUAAACGAGCACCGCGUCGCGGGUUUCAUUGAUGAAAGUGAAGGCGGCAUAUUUGACUUGGUCGAGGGCGAAAAGGGCACCUGGUGGAUUCACGAUCAAAUGCCCGGACUCGUCUGCCUCUUCGAUCCCUUUGCUACGAAGCGCAUCGAUGGCUUGUACAGGUCUCGGCUCCAGGUGCAGUUUGACGCAUGUGUUGAGACACGCGUGGACGAGGAAUUGACGCAGGUGGAUAUAGGUUUUGGUCCAAGCUGCAAAAAGCACCUGAAGUGGUACACGGCAACGGCCCCCGUCCCGUACUAUCCCUCGCUGCGCGCCGUGGGCAAGGCGCUGAGUGUCGCCCACGCCGCCUCGCUGUGCGCAAUGCAUGCGGAAUUGCUGCUGGGCUUCCUCGGCGUCCCACUGUCACCCAACGUGGCGGAGCAGACGAAGCACUACGAUGCCUGCCUGCGGCAUGGUCGUCUGGUGUCGCCACUGCCGCGGGAGCUGGACGACGAGGCGCGGGCGCUGUUGCCAAAACCUCUGAAGCAAUGGCACCGCAUCAAAAAGACCCGAAAGCGGGGAGCCCCAAUGAGUGUGUCGGAGAAACUGGUGGCUUUGAAUCGCCGCGUCGUUGCGGACAUUCGCCAGCACCUGAUUGAGGUGGACAUCUGCGCGCAGCCGCUGUAUCAGCAACUGUUGGAGUCGUCCCUGUCGGCUGUGCGGCGGUUUAUGGUGGAGCAGCGCCACCCAUACGAGUCCGCCUACGUCAACUACGUCUACGCCGAGAAUGCACAGUUCCGGUGCAGCAUCUAUUUGCCGCUCCCAGAGGCGUACGGCGUGCGUGGGGGGAGCGCCAUUGGCGCCACCCCGGAGAGUGCGCGCAAGCUCGCCGCACUAAAUGCGGUUGACACGCUGUGUGCCCUCAACAUCCCCGUGACGCAGAACAAGGAGCAGAUGGAGCAGCUGAUGGCGGUGCGAAGACAAUUUGGCCUGAUUUUGCCACGUGCUGCGAGCGAUGCCGGUGGGGGUCAGCGCAGCUGCGUCAACAUCCGUUCCCCGCCGGGGUAUCGUGAGGUGCCGGGGUGCGCAACCACGCGAGUUCCGUCGCACCAGGACGUGUGGAACCUCAUCAUGGCCGACGCCGCCGACUUCGACGUCGUCAAAGACGUGGAGCCGGAGGCAUGCCACAAGUUGGGGUUUCCCGACGCGGGCACAAUACUCCGGGCCCUCUUCCAGACGUACCUGCAAACUGUGGGCUGGACGGGGGGCGAGCAGUGGUCGCACAUCAAGCACUACCAGGGCUCCCAGCACUGGAACGGCCGUCUGCGCCUUCCCUGCAACAACUACUGGAUGGAGCUCCCCCUGGACGAGAAGCUCUACGGCCGUCGCAUUGCCCUGGGGCGCUGCAUCUUUCGCAAAGGGGCCGAGAAGGCGUUUCUGAUCCAUACCUUCCGCAUUCUUCACGCGCUGCGCCUCGCCCCGUGGGACAUGUACUCGGACGCCGCCCUGCUGAGGUUUAUGCGCCACUCCCAGAAGGCAAACAUUCCACGCGAGCGAGAGUGGUGGGAGUUUGUGGUGCGGGAGUUCCUGGCACCGCCCGCCGAGGAGAGCGCUGCCGCCACGCGCCCCUCCGCAGUUGUGCGGGACGCCGAGGUUGUUAUACCGCCAGGAGCCGAUCUGAAGCAGAUUCUUUCCCCCAACCCUGUCAUGACGCACGAACUGGCGAAGAAAACAUUUGUUUAA